UUCAACGAAAGGACGUCCGUCCCACGUUUGGGGUCGAGCAAGCUUUCCUGACCAAUUAGAUGCGAUGGACCCUUACCAUUAUCCGUGGGCGCCAGGCUGGGGACAGCUGGGAUUGAAUAAUAAGGAGAGAACCUGUGAAAUCGGCCCAGGAAUCAACUGAGAAGAUAAAUGCGGACGUGAGGAAGGACGUUGUCUUCGCGGUUUUUUGUGGAGGAGAGAUGAAGAGGGAGGACGCGUGUGGAGAGAGUGGGUAGAGCACCAUGCGGAGUGGACUGGGAUGUGGAAGUCUGAAGUUCGGCGAUGCUCGGAGGAGACCGAUGGUGGAAGAAUGACUACUGAUCAAUUACAGAGCGUGUUCGCAGACAGUCCAAACCCUAAUCGGCAUUGAGUGUCGCCGGGAAAAAUGCUUUGGUUUAAUUUGAAACGCAUGGGGAACCUGCGCCACUGUCUCUUGUGCGGUCGAACAUGCCGGGGUCAUUCUUCACCGUGAGUCUACAUGAGCGCACAGUUUCGCAGUCGGCAUGGCUGCACGGAGGGUUUUUAUCUGAGGUCGUUUCCUCAACUCCUGCACUGGAUCCGACCUGUGGGUGGACAGUUCUCCCCUGGACUCUACUCCAAUAACAUCACUGAGCGUCAUUACCUGGACAACAGAACGGGUGCAGCGGAAAAGCAAUGACGACCAACCUGGGACUCUAACCUGUUGAUGCCUUCUCUCAUUUGCUUCAGUGAUUCAGGUUAAUUUGGAAGCUUUGUGGAGAACGGUGAGGUGUCUCACAUCCUGUCCUCACAGUAGGCAAAGUAGGUGGCGGGUUCAGCUGCUGUCCGGAUCCGCUCAUGUUUGUGAUAUUGAUGUGGUGUCCUAGUUAAUUAAUGAGCUUCGGUUUGCACAAUGUAGCUCCAUUCGAUGAUGCAAUACUUGCGGUUGGAAUACUUAAAAUCACGAGUUGUUUUUUCUUCUCCUGCAUUGGCUCUUCUGGAUAGCAACAGCACGUGUCAUCCCUCCAUAUAUAGAGGCUCUGGACAAGUGCACACCCAGUACAGCAAGUCGACACUGAGGGUAACAAUGCUGCCCGAGUUUCUGCUUGUCGCCUCGCUGGCCAGCAUGCAAGGCUUGAGCAAAGAUCAUUGCUUGGGAUAUGAUGUCCUCUGCACCACUGCGGAUUAUGAGUUCCGCCGUUACAAUGAAUCGGUCUGGGUCGGAGCGUACGUCAGCCGGGACUUCUUUGACAGAACUGACUCGUACCCGCUGUACCACUAUUUCAAAUGGCAAAACUCGGAAGAGAUGGAGAUCCAAUUGACUGGACAAGUUCUCCUUUCAUUCACCGGGCAUGGACCGUCUGCAGUCUACCUCAUGCUUCCCGAAGAGCUCUGGGACAAUCCUCCAACAGCAACCGACCCACGAGUGUUCGUCACUCGUUUACCAAUGAUGGAUGUGUUCGCCAGGAAAAUCCGUCCGCUUCGCGUUUCCGACGAAGUCAGUGGCCUUCCUUGGUUUGUUGCAAGGUCAGGAGAUAUGGUUCGUUGCCACCGGCGGAUUCGACUGCCCGGCCCCGUGAGUUCAAGGAGGACGCUUUGGAUCCUCCGCCUGCUUCCUGUUAAACGUCGCUUUCUACAUGCUCUCCACUGUUUAUUCACUCCCAACACCGCCACUCAGUAAUCUCAGCACUGGCCUGUUCACCCGUGGGGUAAUGCCAGACAUCGAAUACCCGUGACCAACCCAUGUGGGAUCAUCACCUACUCUCACAGGGGCCGCAGAGUGGCUGUAUUGGGAGCACAGUUCUGUGAUGUUGGCAACUGUGGUCCUUCGGCUGACACAGGGCUGUCUGUAUUGCGAUGUGGCCAAGAAAUGAUAUUAACUUGUCGGCCUGGUUCGAUUUGUCACGAUUACCAGACAGAUUGGACGUUUCCUAUAAUCUCUUUCAUUCCCGGCGUAACAGUAUGAUAGAGAACACGUCCGAAACGGCGAGGAAUCCCAGACUGACGUUUGAGGUUUGAGUCGAUGUCUGUGUCUCUUAUGCGAGUGCACGGCGGAAAGUCAAGAGACACGGGCCACUUCUGUCGGACCGCACGGGUUUUCGGCACCAGAGCUGUGUAAAUAUUGGGCAGAACAGGCGGCCGAUGUUUGAUAUGAUCCACCUCCUGUGUUGAUGUAACUGUAAACACUCUCAUGUACUCUGAUGGUAUCAGGGGUUCUGAUAUUUCUUUUUCCACGACAUGUGGCAGCUCCUUCUCGGAGCUCACUACUGACCACACUGCCUUUCUGACAUCUGUCCCGCGGUAGUAUAAUCAUUUCCCAAAUUAACUGCAUGAAUCAAUAAAGCCAACGCUGUUUG